AUGGUUCAGAAGCUAGCUAUUUUUUCUGGACUCAUUGUAUCUGCUACUUGCAUGGUGCUGCACCUGGCGCCAUCACCAGAGUACUUUCCAAUCCAGUAUCAAGAGCAGCCACCAAACUACAACUUCGCUUAUGAAGUCAACGACCCUCACACCGGAGACUUCAAACGCCAGCAGGAGAGUCGUAGAGGUGGUACUGUGUUAGGCCAGUAUUCCCUUCUGCAACCUGAUGGUGUGACGAGAAUUGUCAACUAUAGAGCAGAUGAUCACACCGGAUUUAAAGCAGUGGUGAACAACGAGGGAAGACCUAAUAACGCACCUUCUGACGAACAAGUUGAGAAUGAUAAUGUCGCAUCUGAAAGGCAACCCAAUGACAGGCCUCAAGUGGAGGAAUCUUGGCAGACCCCUGAUGACCAGCAGGCGACUCCGACACCUUUGACUAUUUCACACACUUCACUUAUCCAUAGAGCAUACUUAAACGCAAGAACCUAA